UGGUGGUGACCAGUCGAUCGAUGCCGGGUCUGAGGGAGAAGAUGUGGCUAUUUUGUUUGCCGUUGCUUGUAUGCAUCGUCCAAGCGAUACAGAAUGACGACUUUAACGAAGAAUUAUUCAUAAAACCUUUUGGAAGUGGCCAUGUCAUGUUUCAUUUCCAAUUCACAACUAAAUGGAACGUCAGCAUCGCAGAUGAAAAAGCAUACACUCACUACCGCCUCUUCCCUAAGUCUCUUGGAGAAGUGAUGUCCACAUACGGGGUCCAGGAGCUGCACCUCACUCAGACACAGGGCCUGUGGAGGUACCGUCACUGGGGCUAUCCUCCCGAGGACGCCCCACCAGGAGCUGAACUAUGGACAUGGUUCCAGCCUAACAAAGACAGAUCAGAUCAAGCUGCUCGGGACAAGUUGUGGUCAAACUAUGUAAACGCUUUGUCAGGACUCUUUUGUUCAUCCCUGAACUUCAUGGACAGCAAAGCAACAGUUAGCCCACGUUGGACAUUCCGACCACAGGGGUUAGCUUCCGAGUAUUAUUCAAUGAACUGGAGAAACCUCAAGUACUCCGCUCUACCCAGAGAGGUAGUAUGUACCGAAAACCUUACACCCUGGAAAAAGCUUCUACCAUGUGAUUCAAAGGUGGGACUUUCAACUCUGUUCAAUGCCAUCAAGUUACACGACUCUUCAUACCAGUCCAUAGGGUUACAUGUGAGGCCUGUUUGUCGGGAUGCAGCAUGUCUGAUGUCAUCAAUAGAACUAAAGCAGACACUGACAGUGGUGUUUGAUCCCACUACAAACAGGCUUGGACGACAAACCUGGAGUUUUAGCAGUGUGUUUGGUAAACCUUUACGCUCUCAGUGUCCUCUGGCCUCCAGCAGUAAUGUAUACGUAGACGUCACAGAUAAAGAUAUCCCAGAAUCAAAGUUCACACUUCGUCAAGAACCAUCCCAGGUUGUACCUAUCAACAGGGGUGGCGACAGGAGAACUUACGCAGUCUUUGAUGUCGGUGAUUUUCUGGAGGAGGAUGGAUUCUUAGAUCUAACAGCUGAAUAUGAGCAGAAGGCAGCUUACAGACAAGGGCCGGAGCCCUCUGUAUAUGCACACAGAUUUGUUACAGGGUUUGGCCUGGAGAGGGGAGGCAUCACUUGUCAGAUCUACAACAACCUGGAUCAGAACCUCACACUAAUAUACAUGGAGACCAUCCCCUGGUACCUCAGAGUCUACUACAACUCUCUUAGUAUCCGUAACAAGGGUACGGACAUCAAACCCUUCAAGGUCCACUUUGUGCCAGGGAAGGACAGGUUACGACCAUACCAUCUUGAGGUUGUAUUCAGACUACGAGCCAACUCUGUGACACGGAUCAACCUGGCAUUUGACCGUGCAUUCCUCAAGUGGACGGAGUACCCUCCCGAUGCCAACCAUGGUUUCUAUGCCAACUCUGCAGUACUGACCACUGUAUUGCCUUACGGUCAUUCAUACACUGCUGUCCAACAGAAUGCUUCCUUUUUCCAAGAAAGUUUCAGUGACGCCUCCAACCAGUUUUUCCUGCGGGUACAUACUGAGAGUUUGCUCAUCUCCUUGCCAACUCCUGACUUUAGUAUGCCCUACAAUGUCAUAUGCCUCGCCUGUACUGUAGUGGCUAUUGCUUUUGGAUCUAUACACAAUCUCACAACCCGAGUAUUCAAAACAAUUGACCCGAAGAAGACCAAAGGUCUAAAAGAAAAAAGGGAAAGCUUUUUCAACUGGAGGAAAAAAGGUACAGAAGAAAAUAAAACAGAUGAAAAGAGACACGAGGAAAAUGAUUCCGACUCAAAAUCUCCGAAAGAAAGUUGUAAAUCUGUAAGUCAUGAGAAACAAUCAUAGAGUUUAUGGAAUUCAAUACAAGGUCUUGUGCUUCUCUGGAUAAAAUCUGGUUAAAUUUCUAACCUUUUAAGUGUUAUAUGUGUUUUCUGCAAUGUGAAAUUUAUUUUGAGGAGUUAAAAUUUGUUGCCAUCAAUUUGAAUAUAAGAUUAUGUAGAAUACUGAUAUCCCAUACUGUUUUCCUCUAUAAAUUAAUACUGAUAUUGUAUAUACAGCCUCGGACUUAAAUAUACAUGUAGACGUAUAUCUAAGUCGGUGAUACAAUAAAAAACAAUGGCAGCUAUGCAGGAUUAAUUUGGGAUUAUUGAAUCGAGGAAUAUGUCACAAGGUCCUAAAUAAAGGCAACAAGAGAUUUAUCCACCAGCCUUGGUCUUUUGGUGUCUUGUGAUAGCUUAUUUGAUCGAGCACUGGCAACAUAUCCUCAGCUCAAGAUCUGAGGGGCAUGGUUUGACACUUCCAGUCCACGUUGGUUUGUGUUUCUCAGGAAGCUGAGAAAUGGGCCGAUCUGGGCUGUCGUCGUUGUGUUCUUGGGCCAAAUGCCCUGGUAAGCAUGCGACGGUAUGUUGAUUAGUGAGGUACUCACCAACUACUACAAGAAGGCCACGCAUCAAAAUGACCCUGGCUGUUCACAGGUCGAUAAACCCAGCAAACAAAAAAUAUUUUGGUCUUUACAAAGUGAACACAAAUGCAGUAAAAAAGCACUGGAUCUUGUUUUAGUGACGUGGUGAUUUCUAUGGUAUCUCAGUCAUUUUGUUUGAGUAUUGGAGACUGGAGUGUGUGUUGUUGAUAGAUUUAGUAAAAGUUUGUUAUCUCAAACUCUUGAGUGAUCUCCCUGUUUUGUUUUCCUUUUUGAUAACUUGAUACAUGAUAGUAAAAUGUAGAAGAACUAUAAGUUGGAGUAUAUACUGAUUGUAUUUAGAUUUGUCUCAUCAGAAAUCACAUCAGACAGUCAUAAAGCAAAUCAGCUGUAAUCUUUCUGAGAAAAGGAAAACUGAGAAAACUUUUGACCUAUUGUAGUAUUGUUGUUAUUGUGAUAUGACAGCUAUAGACAGCUAUAACUCUAUCAUAUACUGUCAAUGAUAAUUUAGAAGAGUACAAUAUUUUUUGUCCUGUUACUUAAACUUCAAGGUAACAAAAUUUGACUUUAUUCAAGUUUUAUGGUAGAGCUUUGUUGGAUGCUCACUAAUUAUGUCACAAGUGUGUGUAUGUGAUUGUAUGUUUUUUUGUGAUCAUAGUCAGAAUUUUUUACUCUUGUAAUUUUGUAAUCAGAAAUAACUUAUUGUUUUAUAGAAUAUUGCAAAUAGGAUUGUCCUAGAUAAACCAAUACCAAGGGUGGUAUCCUAGCAUAGAGAUGAUUUUUUUUCUGCUUUAAAGUUUGAAAUGUCACAAUAAUUGAAAAUAUUACUUAAAAUGUACUAGCAAAAUUUUUUUUUUUUUUUUACUUAUUAUACUAUUCUGUAAAAAAUAUAUGAUAGAUAUGAAAAUAUUUGGGGAAGAUAAAGGUGUUAAGACUAUUAUUCAGAAAAUUAUAAAAAUGAUAUACAUGUACUACAAUAAGAUUAUCCCAUCACCCCAAUGAUCUUCUGUCAUACAAAGACAUAAUCUUUUCUUUCAAAUUUCAUAGAAUUUUUGAUACUGGUAAUAUGUUUCUCAUUUUUAUUUAAUACAUGCAGAUCAAAUAAUAUACUUUUGAAUUCUGUAAAAAUUACCAGAUAUUUCAUGUUUUUUUCUCUACAAUGUAUGCCUAGAAUAUCUAGACUUUGUAAUAAUGUAAAAAUGAUUUGAUAGGAACAUGUUGUUGUGUUAUGUCUGACAUGUUAAAUCUAAAUUCACAAAACAUUUUUGCUGUAAUAUAAAAUUAAUAUUCAAAGAAACUUGUGGUAACUGAUCAUAUCAAAAUAACAAACUGAUUAUAUAUUAAUGAUUGUAUAUUUUCCUUUUGGUUGAUAUACUGAGGGUAAAGAAAAGCUUCAUUUUUAUAUAGAAAUAAUUAUGUCUGACUUACAGUAUUCAAAGGCACAAAAGUCUUAUGCAACUCAUUUAAUUCUUUGUCAUGAUUGUCAGUCAGUACGUAGAACAACAUUUUUUCAUGAAUUAAUUGCCAUUUCAUUGCCUAGAACAAUCAGUAAAUAUAUGUGAUACUCUGUCAGAUUGACAGUCUAAAAAACAGUAUAGCAAGGAAGAAAGUAUUUAAAGUCUUGUCCAGUGUGGUAAGCUGUAUGAUUAGAUAAAAUAUCAAUACUAAUGUUGACGAGUUAAUCUGUCACUUUAAUCCACUACUUUUUGUCUGAUGACUUACAACAGUUCGACCAAACCUAAUUAUUGACUUCAUGUCUAUUAAUGGUGGGUACAAUGUGAUGGAUUGAUUCUAUUCUUAAUAUACUAGAUGUAGAAAAGAACAACUUUUAUCAGAUGUUAUUUUCCAUUAUUUUUUGAGGAUUAUCCGUGUGUGGUAAAAUAAGUUAUAUCUCCAUUAUCAGUAUUGAGAUGAUGAGAAGGGAUGUCAAUAUAGUCACACAUUUAUAUAGAUAAUGAAUUACAAUGAUGUAGUUCUAAACAUGUGGCUGACACAUUAAAAGUUAUACCAUACUCAGGCCUUAUUACCUCCCUUUGUUGACGCUCUCGUUGAAUUUAAUAGGCAUCAUGUUAUGGUGGAUAUAUCUUAGUAUUACUGCAUAUUUGAACAGGUAUCUUUUGUUUUUAUUUUGCCUUUCCCCUUUGAGUAAUUAGUGAGACUUACUUCCAUCUCCACCAAUGUGAGAUAUAAUCUACGUACAACGAAGUAAAACCAAUAUACAUGUAGUACAAUCUUAAUGACUAUAACUCCCCACUAAUAAUAAAUCAUUAUUUAUAUUGCCAGUGACAAAGUCGACCAUUAUAGAACUAAGGCUGUCAUGUUUCCUUGUGUUCUCAAUAUGUUUUACUGCUUUAUAGAAAUGGUUUACAUCUCAAUAUCAUUUAACAUACAGUUUAGAUUCUCUCAUAAGUAUUUUACAUGGGGUUUGUCAUAGUGAGCUGAAUAAAGGUUUAUAGCUGGUGUAAUGAGUGCUGAUUUUGGAGCUUUGUAAUUUCCAUUGUAUACAAAAAGUAAUGACACCUGUAAAAUUCUUACCUGUACUGGAAUCCAUACACUUGUUGUCUGCUUGGAAGGUCACUUCUUUCAUCAAGAAGCGGUACAUCUGUCUUAAUAUGAUUUUGUCCACAACUUAGCUUUUGAUGAGUAUGAUUAAAGACUAGCGUUCAGUAAAGUUUUGCAAAUUCAAUGAUGUUUUUCUUAGCAUAUGUACACAUUCAAUUUGCUAUUUGUAGUGUAAUGAUUGUUUUUAUAUUCUUGUUGUUUACACGGCCUUGUGCAAUUUUCACUGGUGCAAGUUGACUUCCUUUCAAUGGAAAAUGACUUCAAUAUUUCUUCUUUUUUAAAUUGUGUGAUACUUUUUUUAUAAGACAUUUUCUUCCUUGGCUCAAAACGCUGCAGGAAGUGAAGUGCUUGGAAGUGAGUUCUUUACUACUGAAUCUUACUGUGCCGAUAUAUAGAGGAUGAUGCUACUUAAAAUAAGAUUGAUCUUUAGGCCAUCUUAGAUUCAUUAAUCCCCUACCGAGGAGACUAUAGGUUUCCUCCCCAUCUGUCAGUCCUCCAUUCAGUUUUACACACUUUCUCAGUCAUGCUUCAAAGUGAAAACUGGUAUAUAACUUCAGUAUGAGGUUCAGGGUUUUUUGGUCAAUGUUGCAAUUUUUAGCAGGGGCUGAUAGGGGACAUACUUGCUUUACAAGCAAGAUACUGCUAUAAAAUUAUAACUUAAUAAAUGUCUGAAAAGUCAAAUUUAUAUUAUGAUUAACUGACAAUAGAAAGUUUGAAGAAUACUUUUUUUUCAAUUUUUACAUAUUUACAUAUUAAAACAAAAAACAUAUUAGGUAGUUAAGACACCUUCUAGCACAUAGUUGAUUGUUUGCAAUAAUGCACUUCAAUUAAGUUUCUAGAGUUAGUGUCAAACUAAAAAAUGUAAAGGCUUAAAUGCAUAGGGUCUAUGAUUUUUCCUCAAAAAAGCAUUGUUUUAAUAUGUAAUGAAGAAAUGUAUUAGGUAUUCUUUUACCUUGAAUAUUGCAUGAGAAAUGCAGUUUUUGUAUGUUGAACAUCAGUAGGUAAGUACGGAUAAUAAUUAGUUGACAGAAAAAACAUUGUCAAUAUAGUGUAUCUCCUUAAUUAUGAUAACAGCAGUGAAAACAAUACAAUGUUAGGUAUUUUUUAUAAAGCUAGUGUCUUUCGUAAAGAAAAUAAAGUAACAAGAGCUAUAUAAGAAUGAUAAACAACCGUCAUUUAUUGUGGAACCACUAUUUACCUCAGGUAUUCAACUUGAGAAUCGUUUUCCUGAAAACUGGAUAAUAUAUAUAUUUUUCACACGAAUAGCAUAGACCUUUUGAUUUUAAGAAUAAGUAAUUUGAAUCAUGAUUGCAAUAGAGUAAAAAUGAGUGAUUGACAGUAAGGGAUUUACUGUUUAUUCUCAAAUAAGCCCCUUCCCUAGUGUAAAUAUUUAGUGUUAAAGUUUGGGGAGAGCUUAUUUAGCUAGCCAUCUUAAAAUUGAUGUCUGUAAAACAGAAAGGGGCUUGUUUGUGGGCAGGAGUUUUUUUACAGAUGAAUAGAGGAACUUAUCUACAUAUAGCUAGUCAAGUGUCCAAACACAUCCUCACAACUGGCUAAUUUAUUUUUAAAAUUUCAUUUUUGACAUAACAUUAAUGCAUAAAAAUUAUGGAUUAUUUAUGGAGGUAUAUGAUAACCAAGGGACAUUGAAAUACAAAUUAUUGAUCGAUGUUUUGUUUUUAAAAAAAAACUGCGAGAUGUUUUUCUUGUAUUAAUAAAGGGUGGAUUUUCAUUGGUACCGCGGUAAAUGUUAUUGGUAACUACAUUUUAUUUUGUCAUUGACCAAGCUGUUUCUCAAUUGGUUUUUGUUAUAUAACUUAGGGUGCCCAGAUAGAUAGUAUAAAGGCACCUCUGGAUUAGGAUUACAAUAUGCAAUUCAUUGAUUAUAUUGUUGGUAUACUUUGUAAUGUUUUUCCACACAUGUAAAAGCUAAUUAUUUGAAAGCAUUUUUUAUUUUCUUAUAUAUUAAACUAAAAUUUGGAAAUUU